AUGAGCAGCAUCGAUACAUGGCAAUUGCUUCCAGGCCUCUCAACUGCCGUUUUUCUUUGCCAGCAGGAAGACGCCAUUCAGAGGGAAGGCCACAUGCGCUGGGGGGAAGGCUUCGUGCUGGUCUAUGACAUUACCGACCGGGGAAGCUUUGAGGAAGUGCUGCCACUUAAGAGCACCCUCGAUGAGAUCAAAAAGCCCAAGAAUGUGACUCUCGUCUUGGUUGGAAACAAAGCUGACUUGGACCACUCCAGACAGGUUAGUACAGAAGAAGGGGAGAAGCUAGCCACAGAACUAGCCUGUGCUUUUUAUGAGUGUUCUGCCUGCACCGGAGAAGGGAACAUCACUGAGAUCUUCUACGAGUUGUGCCGGGAAGUGCGUCGCCGGAGGAUGGUGCAGGGCAAGACCAGGCGACGCAGCUCCACGACACACGUGAAGCAAGCCAUUAACAAGAUGCUCACCAAAAUCAGUAGCUAGGCCGCUCUUUUCUUGCAGAGGCCCCAUGAAGUGGGUCAGGUAAUUGGAAACACUCUCUUGCUCUUUGUUUCUCCUUCCAGAAAUAAAACAUUCCAUUCCUUGUCUUGACUCUGGGAAAUGUCUGGGCCUUCCACUGUUCCCAGCCUCCCCUAUGUUGGGAAGUUUUAGAGUGUUUUAUACAGUUUCAGUGCUGACAAUUUCUUCCUUUUCUGCUUGAAUAGGAUACACUCUGAUGCAGUUUGCACGUGUAACCACCAGAGAUUCUGAGAUGGCUGGGUUCAUAGUAAGCUAUUUUUAGGCGUCUUCACAUUGCCUGUAUAGGUUGUAAUCUUUUCAAAGGCACUUUUAAAUUCCCGUUUUUGUCAAAGACUGCAAAUGAUCAUCUUCAAAGUCUAAGAUAGUAAAUAAUACAGCAAAGCCACGGGAAGGGUAGCUGGAACAGGGAAUAGCAUGCCAGUGCCUAUUUGAAGUGAGGAUUUUCAGAAUGAUCUUAAAUCUUUUAGUUUUUCUUUAAUUCUUCAUUUUGUUCUUAGAUUCCAACAUGUUCUUACUAAAGUUUUUCACUGUAAUAGAAAGUCCAUUUUAAUUUGAGUUGGUUCUCUCAAUGAUCUAUUGAUCAUUACAUCCUAAUUUUUCUUCCUUGGCUCAAACAAGACUUUAAUUAUAACAGAAACAGUGGGACCCACAGUUCAGAUCCUAGGCCUUUUUUCAGCAAGCCCAGGGUGAUGUAAUAACAUCAGGAAUCUUUUCACUAAGCCCUGACUUUACUGAAUGCUAGUAGAGGAUUUAGAAUUUGAGGUGUCUGAUUUGUUUUAUGCUCUGCUUAUCACCUUAGCAGAAAGACAACAGUCCAAAAAACAGGAACAUUAAGAAUGGAGCUUUACUACCCUCCGUUAGGAAGCCAAGGCUCCGUGCCAGGCACAGUCAGAAAAAUUAGCCUCUGAUUCAUUAAGUUGGCCACAUGACUUAUUUUAAUAUUUUGGAUAAAUAAAUUCAUUUAGGAGAAUUCAGAAAAGAGUGAGUGAUUAAAGUUCAUUAUACCUGAAUAAAUGCGUAUCAAACAGAUUCCUGUAUUGCAGAAGUACAGUGUAUAACUGGUAAAACUAUGAUUCUGUCCUCCCUACUAUGCCCCCAUAUAUCAAGAUUUGGGCACUUUAUUUUAGUAGAAAAUAUAUAUCUUUUACAUAUGUAUGUAUUUAUAAAUACAUAGAUAUAUGUAUAAAAAUUUGUAAGAGUUGGAGGAUUUAAUUCACCAAUGCAUUUGGACAACUUGGUGUAACUGACUUUGUUUUAUGUGACUGUAAUAAAAAGCAUACUUUUCACAUUCUGUCA